AUGCCGCAUCCCUCCGGUAGCCGACAAACAACUUCGCCAUGGACGAUCCAACCAGUCCCACCUCAGGCAGUCAACGAAAUUAUCAAGUUCAUCAACGAAGGUCGCAAGGUCAUGUUUUCCGGUCGUUCGUUACCACCAGACACUACAUCCCUAUUCAGUGACGGUAGCUGCUUUCUCGAAGCGCGGGACGGCAAGGAUUUGAUAGCCGUUAUAGGCUACGUACGCUACGACAACCGGCAUCCUCAACUCGACUACCACGCCGUGCGGACACUCGAAGUCGUGCGAUUGUUCGUGCAGCCCCAGUAUCGGCGCUGUGGACUCGCGGCUGAAUUGUUCCUGAAACUCUAUGAGAGAGCUGUCGAGGAGGAUGUCGAAUGUCUUUAUCUGCAUUCGCAUCCGUUUUUGGACGGUGCGAUUAGGUUUUGGCAGAAGCGAGGAUUUGAGAUUGUUCUUGUGGAUGAUGAUCCGAAGUGGCAGACUACGCAUAUGGAGAUGGCGCUGAAAAGGAGGGAGUGA